AUCUCUCUCUGUGCCGUUCUUCUCUCUUUUCAAUAGCAAAGGAGGAAAAAAAAAUCAAAACAAAAAAUAGAAUUAAAUCUAGACACACCAAAAUUUGCAAGGGUUUAAUUUCAUCUCUCUCUUCACCGAUUCGUUUCCGUCGCCGUUGGGUUUCAUCUUCGACGACCGUCCGGGGUCACUGCAAUGCACCGAGUGGGCAGUGCAGGGAACAAUGCCAAUUCUAACCGCCCACGUAAAGAAAAGAGGCUGACAUAUGUAUUGAAUGACACUGAUGAUUCAAAGCAUUGUUCUGGCAUAAAUUGUUUGGCUAUCCUAAAGUCAUCUGUCUCUGAUGGGUGCAACUAUCUGUUCACUGGAAGCCGCGAUGGCACACUUAAGAGAUGGGCACUGGGUGAAGAUGCUGCCACUUGCUCUGCUACAUUUGAGUCACAUGUUGAUUGGGUAAAUGACACUGUAAUUGCUGGUGGUAAUACACUUGUUUCCUGCUCAUCAGAUACCACAUUGAAGACAUGGAAUUGCUUGUCUGAUGGAACUUGUACGAGGACUCUUCGUCAACACUCUGACUAUGUUACAUGUCUAGCUGCAGCUGAAAAAAAUACCAAUGUGGUUGCCUCUGGGGGUCUUGGUGGGGAGGUUUUCGUAUGGGAUAUUGAAGCUGCGGUUAAUCCUCUCUCAAAGUCCAAUGAUGUCAUGGAAGAUGGUUGUUCCAAUGGUAUCAAUGGUUCUGUAAAUUCAUUACCAAUAUCAAAUUUGCAAACAACUAACUUGAGUAACAGCAUUACUGCACACACAACUCAGUGUCAUGGAUAUGUCCCCAUUGCUGCCAAAGGCCAUAAAGAGUCAGUCUAUGCAUUGGCAAUGAGUGAUAGUGGAAACCUUCUUGUCUCUGGUGGAACUGAGAAGGUUGUGCGAGUUUGGGACCCAAGAACUGGUACGAAGACUAUGAAGUUAAGAGGGCAUACAGAUAACAUUAGAGCUCUGCUUCUGGAUUCUACUGGCAGAUAUUGUUUAUCAGGGUCCUCUGAUUCUAUGAUCAGGCUAUGGGACCUUGGUCAGCAACGUUGUGUGCAUUCAUAUGCCGUGCAUACAGAUUCUGUUUGGGCACUUGCGAGCACCCCAACCUUUAGUCAUGUUUAUAGUGGUGGUAGAGAUCUUUCUUUAUAUUUGACAGACUUGACAACAAGAGAGAGUCUUUUGCUUUGCACAAAGGAACACCCAAUUUUGCAGUUGGCAUUGCAUGAUGAUAGCAUAUGGGUUGCAACGACUGAUUCUUCAGUUCAUAGUUGGCCUGCUGAAGGAAAAAAUCCUCAGAAGGUCUUUCAAAGAGGUGGUUCGUUCUUGGCUGGAAACUUGUCUUUUUCAAGGGCAAGAGUUUCCUUAGAAGGGUCUACCCCAGCUCCUGUUUAUAAAGAUCCUAUCUUUACCAUUCCUGGAACUCCAGCAAUAGUUCAGCAUGAAAUUUUAAAUAACAGAAGGCAUGUAUUGACAAAGGAUACUGCUGGUUCAGUAAAGCUAUGGGAGAUAACCAGGGCUAUUGUGAUCAAGGACUAUGGACAGGUUUCAUUUGACGAGAAAAAGGAGCAGUUGUUUGAGAUGGUAAGCAUUCCUGCAUGGUUCACUGUGGAUACCCGGCUUGGAAGCUUGUCUGUUCAUUUGGACACACCCCAAUGCUUUUCGGUAGAGAUGUAUUCUGCAGAUCUGAGCAUAACUGGCAAGCCUGAGGAUGAUAAGGUUAAUCUAGCUCGUGAAUCCCUCAAAGGUCUGUUGGUUCAUUGGCUGACCAAAAGAAGGCAAAGACUUGGUUCCCAGGCUUUAGUUAAUGGAGAUGUUUUAUCAGGAAAAGAUGUGACUGCAAGAAGUCAUUCAAGAAUUGAGGUAGACGGAAAUGCUGAAAAUGAUUCCAUUGUCUAUCCCCCUUUUGAGUUUUCUACAAUUUCCCCUCCCUCAAUUAUCACUGAGGGUUCCCAAGGAGGUCCUUGGAGAAAGAAAAUUACUGAAUUGGAUGGAACUGAGGAUGAGAAGGACUUCCCUUGGUGGGUUUUGGAUUGUGUAUUGAAUAAUCGGCUCCCACCACGGGAGAACACCAAGUGCAGCUUCUAUCUUCAUCCAUGUGAAGGUUCAGCUGUUCUGAUCCUCACACAAGCGAAGUUAAGUGCACCUCGGAUAUUGAAAAUACAUAAGGUUGUUAAUUAUGUCAUAGAAAAGAUGGUGCUUGAUAAAGCAACUGAUAGUGUAAAUACCGAUGGGACAUUUGCUCCUGGACUUGGAGGACAAUUGCAGCAUUCAACAGUUGGAGAUGGAUCUUUUCGGUCUGGAUUGAAGCCUUGGCAAAAGCGUCGGCCUUCUAUUGAAAUUUUAUGCAAUAAUCAGUUAUUAUCUCCAGACAUGAGCUUAGCUACCGUGCGGGCUUACGUAUGGAAGAAACCUGAGGACUUGGUACUAAAUUAUAGAGUGACCCAAGGCAGGUGAUUUUAGUGACUUCUGGGAGCAGGUUGGUCUCAGUAUAUUGGGAUGGAAAUCUCAUGCUUUUGUAAAGUGUUGGGAAUUAUUUUGUUCUUCUGAGGUUGCCUAUCAUGAUCAGAAGUAUCUGGGAUCCUUGUAUAUUUGGACAGGCAUUGGUUUUCGAUCUGGGGACAUUCUCCAGACUUUUUUCAAGAGGAUCGUGGUUAAUGUUUUCAUAGUUGGCCAGGUGCUGUCAUAAAUUUUUGGUCUUUUGUCUAGUCAAGAGGUGCAUGCUUUUGCCAUACAUCAGAAAAAAAACUAUGGGGUGGAAGUGCAAGCAGCAGAAGAGUUAGAUACUCCUGGGGACAAUUAGCUGAAAGAAAAGUGGUACUUUUUGGGACAAAUCAUUAGAAAUAAGAUGUCGAAAGCUCUGUAGAUGUGUAUUGUGGGAGGUACAAUACCUAGUCAAAGAAACUGUUGUAUGAAGUUGAUUUUUUCUUUAUUUUUUAUUCCUGGAAAUAAGACAAUCAAUUUGUGUUUAAUCAGUCGUAUAUUUAUAGAACAUUUCUCUCAAUGCUUUCUUGUGUAUGAUUCAGUAGAUUUCUGAGGUAGGAAAUGAAAUCUUAAUGCUGCGCUAGGUUAGUUACAAUAGCCGGUUAGAUUUUGAAUUGAAUUUCAUGCAUAUCACUGAGCAGACACUCUGGGGAGAGGAUUUCAUGCGGCUGAUAUUUUUCUUUGCAACAAUUUAUGCUAGAUUCUUUUAUUUGUUUAUUUGUAAUGAAAUUUAAAAAAAAAAAACACACACACACACACACACACAAUUUGUCAUGCACUAUUUUUGUUUAUUUAAGGAGUUAGUUUGCUUUUUUAAGUGAUUUCUUACUUUGUUGUAAAAUGAAAAGUUGAAAUCCUUUUUCCCAGCUAUGUAGUAAGAUGGGUUGGUCUCUACUUUCCUGUUGUUUAUUUCUUUUGAAUCUACAAGAGCCGCAGCCAUACCCUGCACCUGUUUUAGCUUUGGCAUUCAUUAAGUUCACCUGUCCGUAUUCUAGCCUUUAAAGAAAAAACCAUUUAAUAUAUCUAAGUUAUUUGUUUAUUUGGAGUCACAGCACUUUCUUUUCUCCUCUUUUACUCUGUAUUUAGCUUUUUAUGGUGGUAGUUUUGUAUAAAUUGUUCUUCAAAUCCCUACUUUCUCUAUAUAAUAUAUUAAUUGUAUUCUUUUUCUGCCAUUAUUCUACGAAAGAAACAAGUUUUCUUCAAAUUCCCAUUUUAAAGGUUGAUUGAAGAAAGAACAUAAAGAUGUGAAGGGAAAUGAAAGUAGAAUAUAAUGCUUUUGGAUUUUCUUGGAGGAUAAGGAUGAAGAAAAGCCAACUUGGCUAUUGAUUCCAGUUUUGGGACACUGAUGAUAAUCUGACGACAGCUUGUUUUCGUAAGUUAUCGGCAUAAAAGUUAUUUGCCAUAAUAAAAAUUAAAAGUUCGUAAAUUGUUAGUCACGGUUCUAACUCGAAAACCUGAGGAUAAAUAGAUUCUCCAUCUUAAAGCCAUGAAUCUUUUUCAAAACCUGUCCCUCAAGUAAUUGAUUUGUGGUUUUCCUGGAAAAUAUACAUUUUUCUCUAAGUCUUGUAGAAGGAUUCUAAUCAGGUUUUGGAAAAAGUGAUGCCUAAUUAAAAGAACAGUUCUUACAUUCUUGUCCUGCAAUUAAAUUUUACAAGAAUUUUGUGGG